AUGACCGCCAGCCAACCUGUGCUGCUGGAUGCGUCUACCAUCGAGGAAGACGGUGGCGAAACCUACCUUGACAACAAGCUUGUCUUUCUCAAGAGCCACGACCGCGUUGCUGAAGAAGCCGAGGUCCUCUUGUCGGACAGCAGCUUCUUCAUUACGCCCAUCGGCAUCGUCGAGACCCCUGAGUGCAAGACGCUCGUGCUGCCGUUCCUCGCAGCCUCCAAGAACCUCCGCGUCUACCUUCGGAGCCUCAUUCAUCCGUCGUCCCUCGCCUCGGACGCGGUCGCGCACAUAACAUGGCGGCUUGCAAUGGCGAUCGCCCACCUCCACGCCCAUGGUAUUGCCCACACCCAACUGUCUUCCCAGUGCGUCCUCGUCACAUCGCAUGGGAGCAUCAAGCUCUGUGGUCUCGGCAGCCAUGAGUCACACGCGAAGGACGCGAGCUUGAGAGCUGACGUACUGGCGCUACUGGACGUGCUGGGAGAGCUUUUGACGCGUGCGACGGAGCUCCAAAAGGGCUGCUCGUUUGCCAUGCCGGCACCUCCGGCGUGGCUCCUCGGUCUUGCCAACGACGCUUCCAAGUACACCAGCAUUAGCGACGUCAUCCACGAGCUUGAGCGCCACAACGCGCACCACGGCGUUGUCUACGUCAACGACCACCACGGAGUGCGGCUGUCGGUGGCGAAAGCGCUCGAGUCAGCCCCAGAAGACACGCCGGUAUUAGCCAAGACGCCCAUUGUCGCAACGACGGUCGAUGCAUCCAUGUCACCAACGCCUGCGACGCUUUCGGAGCUCUGGACGAUGUACGAUGUGCCGGCUCUGGACUCGACAUUGCUCUCGUGCACGGCAGAAGUCGAGGGCACGGAUGGCAGCGUCUUGCUUCGGCGAGGCGUGUACAACGGGAAGGACGUCAUUAUCCAUCGCAUGAACUACGCGGCCGAUGUCGCGUUUACACAGCACCUUGCCCGCGUUCUUUGGGCUCAGUCGGACGUCUGCACGCCGCGGGUGCUUGGCCACGGUAGUGUCAACAGCGACAAGAUCGCCAGCGCUGCUUUGAGCCAAGUCCAAGAGACUGUCCCGUGCCUCGUGGUGGACUGUGACGGCUCGCGGUCUCUCCAUGAUGUGAUCGCCAACCAAUGGCUGCACGACGACCCGCACCUGUGGAAGCGCAAGAUUAAAGUCGCCCGUGCGAUCCUCGUCGGCCUCCUCGACUGUAUCGCGCGUGGCAUUCGGCACGUCGACGUCACCUCGCACAACGUGUUUCUCAAGCCAGACUUGGAGACGCCCCAGUUUAUGAAUGUCGGUGGUCGGCGCAAAGGCGCAGACGGCGUCUUUAGCUGGUACCCGCCCGAGCUGCAUCCCGGCGGCGUCGGUCUCACGUGGACCACCGACGUGUUUGUGUUUGGGACGCUCUUGUACGAGAUCGCGACCAGCCACGAGCCGCACCGCGACGAAGACAGGGAGCUGGCGCUGCAAACGCUUCUGAUCACGCGUGGCGCGCGCGGCGACUGCCCGACAGGGCUCGUGCUGCUGAUCGCUGCUUGCUUACGCCACUCGCCCGCCGAGCGCCCGACGUUGCAAGCCACGCUCGAACGCCUCGACCAUCUGCUGGUGCACGCCCCGCUCGACCUUGCGAUGGACGGCGACAUCAACUUGAUCGAGCUCGACACGACACGGCUGGCGGAGCAGAGCGUCAGUCAUUCGGACGGCACCACCGGAACGGUGACCAUCAAAGGCACGUACAUGUCGCAAAAGGUGUUGAUCAAGCGGCCCGACCUGGAGGCGAACGUGCGUCCUCCUGAUAUCUAUGCGCCACUGCUACGGGAAGUGAGUCUUCUUGCCCGUGUUCAGUCGCCGUUUGUCAUCAACAUGUGGGGUGUCGCGUACUUUGCUUCGUGCCGGCCAGCCGUGGUCUUUGAACACUCGAGCGAAGACGACAAUCUCUGGCAGCUCUUGCGCGAUGCGUCGUUCAAUCGCGUUCUCACGGACGCCGAUCGCCGGCUCCUCUUGCUCGGCGCUGCGCAAGGGCUUGGCGACGUCCACGGCCGGGACUGGAUCCAUUGCGACCUACGACCGGAAAACUACUUGGUGGGCAGCCACGGACAGCUCCAACUCGGUCAGUUUGGUGCCGCCCGUCACAUACACGAUACAAGCACGCCGCUGCCCAUUGUGUCGCCGGCCAUGCUACCGUUCGCUGCGCCCGAAGUCCUUGGAGCGGGAACCUUCUCGAAAGCGUCGGACGUCUACGCGUUCGGCGCACUAAUUGCCCAACUCUACGCCCGCGAGCGGCUGUACGCGAGCUCGACGCUGACGGCCGUUGCGAUCCGAGAGCGCGUGCCCUUAGGCUUGGCGAAGAUCGAGAUGCCGGAGGCAUGUCCGCCUGCGCUCAAGGCGCUCGCCAAGCGCUGCGUGUCGUUCACGCCGUCCGAGCGCCCGAGCAUGGACGACGUCGUCGCGAGCUUGCGCGAGCUCGUCGUCGAGUGCACGGUCACGUCAGCGCCUGAGCUUCCAACGCACCACGCACCGACAUGUGCCGCACCAUCAUUGCCUACUGUGAACGCCGCGCUCGAACUCGACCCAGACAACGCCCCGUUGGGCGCGGGUGGGCUUGGUGUCGUCAGCUUGUGUUACUACAAGGGCGUAAAGUGCGCGCUCAAGACACUCCGACUCGAGGAUGGGAGAGGACCUUUCCCGACGUUUAGGAAGAUCCGAAUGGUGAACAAAUUCAGGCGCGAAAUGGAGCUACUGGCGAGGCUAACAAAAGAGAAGGCAGAGUACGUGCCGCGGUUCAUUGCGAACCUCGAUGCCGAUUCCUCGGCCUACCUUAUGGAGCUCGUACCCGGCAACGACCUCUCCAAGGAACUCUGGUACAUCAAACAGCAAGCGACGUUUCCGUGGACGAACGCUGCAAGAUGGCGCUCAAGAUCAUCCACGCGAUCGCAAAGCUCCACAAGGCCGGCAUCGAGCACUUGGACCUCAAGUCGUCCAACAUCAUGCUCACACCCGAGAAUGAGAUCCGGAUCGUCGACUUUGGCGAGUCGGUGCGCACGGCCGACGCUACGGGCUACAACGAAGUCUACAACGUCGGGACAUGGAAGUGGAUGGCACCCGAGAUCCUUGCCGGCCGUGCGGUCCACGCCAAGAAAGCCGACAUUUACUCGUUUGGCAUCAUUCUCUCGGAGAUCGCGAUGCUUGUCGAGCCGUACCCUGAUACAUGUGUCACAGACAUGUACAAGGUGGAGAAUGGCAUCAAAAGUGGCGUACGGCCGACAAUGGACCCGUCGGUUCCCAAGUGGAUGAGCCAACUCGCGGCGCAGUGCUGGCAUCCGAACGCAGAAGAGCGACCAACCGCGACCAAGGUCGAAACCUCCCUCAAACUAGCUCUCACCGAAUACGAUCAUCGACGUCCGUUGAGGGUCAUUACAUAGUGGGAUUGUCCAACAUCGAUAUGCCUCUGCUGUGCUAUUCACCUCUUCAUAAGCGGCUGACGUGUCAUCCUUGGCCUUGU